UUACUUGCCGUUUGCUGUUCCAUACGAUAAGCAACUCAGUAAACCUGAAUGUUUAUCAAGCGUAUACACGAACGAUAAGGAGUCAAUCCAUGUCUAUGUACACAAAUAGUAAGCGGAUCAUAACAAGUGCAAGAGCGAUGGCAUCCGAGAGCGCCUUUGUGAUUUUACUCUUUAUUUCCAUGGCGGUUGUUGAGUCAAGUAUUCCAAGAUGCAAAUACGAUCCCUGCAAGCAUGGCGGGACCUGCCGCGAAAUCGUAAGCAUGGGCAUUCUCGUGUCCGUGUGUCACUGUCCAGUUGGCUACAAAGGAGUCGUUUGUGAAAAUGUCGACCCCUGUGAGAACCACAUUCAAUGUCAUCAUGGCGGAACUUGCCACUAUGACCACGGUGAUGCAAAGUGCCAAUGUCCAGUUGGACACAAGGGACAGCAUUGUGAAAUUGCCGAUCCCUGUGAGAACCACAUUCAAUGCCAUCAUGGGGGAACAUGUCACUACGAUCAAGGUCAUGCAGAGUGUCAGUGUCCUGUUGGCUACAAAGGAGAUGUUUGUCAAACUGUCGACCCCUGUGAGAACCACAUUCAGUGCCAUCAUGGCGGUACUUGCAACUAUGACAACGGUCAUGCAAUGUGUCAUUGUCCUGUUGGCUACAAAGGAGAUGUUUGUGAAAAUGUCGACCCCUGUGAGAACCACAUUCAGUGUCAACAUGGCGGGACUUGCCACUACGACCACGGUGAUGCUAAAUGUCAAUGUACAGUAAGCCACAAGGGGCAGCAUUGCGAAAUUGACGAUCCCUGUGAGAACCACAUACACUGUCAACAUGGUGGGACUUGCCACUACAAACAAGGCCUUGCAACGUGUGCGUGUCCAGUUGGCUACGAUGGACACCUGUGCGAUGUUGCCGAUCCCUGUGAGAACCACAUUCAAUGCCAUCAUGGGGGAACAUGUCACUACGAUCAAGGUCAUGCUGAGUGUCAGUGUCCUGUUGGCUACAAAGGAGAUGUUUGUCAAACUGUCGACCCCUGUGAGAACCACAUUCAGUGCCAUCAUGGCGGUACUUGCAACUAUGACAACGGUCAUGCAAUGUGUCAUUGUCCUGUUGGCUACAAAGGAGAUGUUUGUGAAAAUGUCGACCCCUGUGAGAACCACAUUCAGUGUCAACAUGGCGGGACUUGCCACUACGACCACGGUGAUGCUAAAUGUCAAUGUACAGUAAGCCACAAGGGGCAGCAUUGCGAAAUUGACGAUCCCUGUGAGAACCACAUACACUGUCAACAUGGUGGGACUUGCCACUACAAACAAGGCCUUGCAACGUGUGCGUGUCCAGUUGGCUACGAUGGACACCUGUGCGAUGCGCUCGACCCUUGCGAGAAACACAUUCAAUGUCAACAUAGCGGAUCCUGCCGCUACGACAAUGGCAAUGUGACGUGUCAGUGUCGUGUUGGUUACACCGGACGGCUGUGUGAAGUUACCGAUCCCUGCGAGAACCACAUUAAAUGUCAACACAGCGGCUCUUGCCACUACGACAUUCAAGGCCAUGCAACGUGUCAGUGUCAAGUAGGCUUCGCUGGGCAGCAGUGUGAAACGCUCGACCCUUGCGAGAAACACAUUUUAUGUCAACAUGGCGGAUCCUGCCGCUACGACAAUGGCAAUGUGACGUGUCAGUGUCGUGUUGGUUACACCGGACGGCUGUGUGAAGUUGCCGAUCCCUGUGAAAACCACAUUAAAUGUCAACACAGCGGCUCUUGCCACUACGACAUGCAAGGCCAUGCAACGUGUCAGUGUCCGGUAGGCUUCAUUGGGCAGCAGUGUGAAACGCUCGACCCUUGCGAGAAACACAUUUUAUGUCAACAUGGGGGAUCAUGCCGCUACGACAAUGGCAAUGUGACGUGUCAGUGUCGUGUUGGUUACACCGGACGGCUGUGUGAAGUUGCCGAUCCCUGCCAGAACCACAUUACAUGUCAACACAGCGGCUCUUGCCACUACGACAUGCAAGGCCAUGCAACGUGUCAGUGUUCAGUAGGCUUUACUGGGCAGCAGUGUGAAACGCUCGACCCUUGCGAGAAACACAUUCAAUGUCAACAUGGCGGAUCCUGCCGCUACGACAAUGGCAAUGUGACGUGUCAGUGUCGUGUUGGUUACACCGGACGGCUGUGUGAAGUUACCGAUCCCUGCGAGGACCACAUUAAAUGUCAACACAGCGGCUCUUGCCACUACGACAUUCAAGGCCAUGCAACGUGUCAGUGUCCAGUAGGCUUCAUUGGGCAGCAGUGUGAAACGCUCGACCCUUGCGAGAAACACAUUUUAUGUCUACAUGGCGGAUCUUGCCGCUACGACAAUGGCAAUAUGACGUGUCAGUGUCGUGUUGGUUAUACCGGACGGCUGUGUGAAGUUACUGAUCCCUGUGAGAACCACAUUAAAUGUCAACACAGCGGCUCUUGCCACUACGACAUUCAAGGCCAUGCAAUGUGUCAGUGUCCAAAAGGCUUCACUGGGCAUCAGUGUGAAACGCUCGACCCCUGCGAAAAACACAUUCUAUGUCAACAUGGCGGAUCCUGCCGCUACGACAAUGGCAAUGUAACGUGUCAAUGUCGUGUUGGUUACACCGGACGGCUGUGUGAAGUUGCCGAUCCCUGCGAGAACCACAUUAAAUGUCAACACAGCGGCACUUGCCACUUCGACAUUCAAGGCCAUGCAACGUGUCAGUGUCCAGUAGGCUUCACUGGACAGCAGUGUGAAAUGCUCGACUCCUGCGAGAAACACAUUCAAUGUCAGCAUGGGGGAUCCUGCUGCUACGACAAUGGCAAUGUGACGUGUCAGUGUCGGGUUGGUUACACCGGACAGCUGUGUGAAGUUACCGACCCCUGCCAGAACCACAUUAAAUGUCAACACAGCGGCUCUUGCCACUACGACAUGCAAGGCCAUGCAACGUGUCAGUGUGCAAUAGGCUUCAUUGGGCAGCAGUGUGAAACGCUCGACCCUUGCGAGAAACACAUUCAAUGUCAACAUGGCGGAUCCUGCCGCUACGACAAUGGCAAUGUGACGUGUCAGUGUCGUGUUGGUUACACCGGACGGCUGUGUGAAGUUACCGAUCCCUGCGAGAACCACAUUAAAUGUCAACACAGCGGCUCUUGCCACUACGACAUUCAAGGCCAUGCAACGUGUCAGUGUCAAGUAGGCUUCACUGGGCAGCUGUGUGAAACGCUCGACCCUUGCGAGAAACACAUUUUAUGUCAACAUGGCGGAUCCUGCCGCUACGACAAUGGCAAUGUGACGUGUCAGUGUCGUGUUGGUUACACCGGACGGCUGUGUGAAGUUGCCGAUCCCUGUGAGAACCACAUUAAAUGUCAACACAGCGGCUCUUGCCACUACGACAUGCAAGGCCAUGCAACGUGUCAGUGUCCAGUAGGCUUCAUUGGGCAGCAGUGUGAAACGCUCGACCCUUGCGAGAAACACAUUUUAUGUCAACAUGGGGGAUCAUGCCGCUACGACAAUGGCAAUGUGACGUGUCAGUGUCGUGUUGGUUACACCGGACGGCUGUGUGAAGUUACCGAUCCCUGCCAGAACCACAUUACAUGUCAACACAGCGGCUCUUGCCACUACGACAUGCAAGGCCAUGCAACGUGUCAGUGUCCAGUAGGCUUCAUUGGGCAGCAGUGUGAAACGCUCGACCCUUGCGAGAAACACAUUCAAUGUCAACAUGGCGGAUCCUGCCGCUACGACAAUGGCAAUGUGACGUGUCAGUGUCGUGUUGGUUACACCGGACGGCUGUGUGAAGUUACCGAUCCCUGCGAGAACCACAUUAAAUGUCAACACAGCGGCUCUUGCCACUACGACAUUCAAGGCCAUGCAACGUGUCAGUGUCCAGUAGGCUUCACUGGGCAGCAGUGUGAAACGCUCGACCCUUGCGAGAAACACAUUCUAUGUCAACAUGGAGGAUCUUGCCGCUACGACAAUGGCAAUGUGACGUGUCAGUGCCGUGUUGGUUAUACCGGACGGCUGUGUGAAGUUACCGAUCCCUGCCAGAACCACAUUACAUGUCAACACAGCGGCUCUUGCCACUACGACAUGCAAGGCCAUGCAACGUGUCAGUGUCCAGUAGGCUUCAUUGGGCAGCAGUGUGAAACGCUCGACCCUUGCGAGAAACACAUUCAAUGUCAACAUGGCGGAUCCUGCCGCUACGACAAUGGCAAUGUGACGUGUCAGUGUCGUGUUGGUAACACCGGACGGCUGUGUGAAGUUUCCGAUCCCUGCGAGGACCACAUUACAUGUCAACACAGCGGCUCUUGCCACUACGACAUUGAAGGCCAUGCAACGUGUCAGUGUCCAGUAGGCUUCAUGGGGCAGCAGUGUGAAACGCUCGACCCUUGCGAGAAACACAUUUUAUGUCAACAUGGCGGAUCUUGCCGCUACGACAAUGGCAAUGUGACGUGUCAGUGUCGUGUUGGGUAUACCGGACGGCUGUGUGAAGUUGCCGAUCCCUGUGAGAACCACAUUAAAUGUCAACACAGCGGCUCUUGCCACUACGACAUGCAAGGCCAUGCAACGUGUCAGUGUCCAAUGGGCUUCACUGGGCAGCAGUGUGAAACGCUCGACCCCUGCGAAAAACACAUUCUAUGUCAACAUGGCGGAUCCUGCCGCUACGACAAUGGCAAUGUAACGUGUCAAUGUCGUGUUGGUUACACCGGACGGCUGUGUGAAGUUGCCGAUCCCUGCGAGAACCACAUUAAAUGUCAACACAGCGGCACUUGCCACUACGACAUUCAAGGCCAUGCAACGUGUCAGUGUCCAGUAGGCUUCACUGGACAGCAGUGUGAAACGCUCGACUCCUGCGAGAAACACAUUCAAUGUCAGCAUGGGGGAUCCUGCCGCUACGACAAUGGCAAUGUGACGUGUCAGUGUCGGGUUGGUUACACCGGACAGCUGUGUGAAGCUGUCGAUCCUUGUGAAAAACACGUUCAGUGUCAACAUGGCGGAUCGUGCCACUACGAACACGACAAUGCAACGUGUCAGUGCCCAAUUGGCUACAUUGGACAGAAUUGCGAAGUUGUCGACCCCUGUGAGAACCACAUUCACUGUCAACAUGGCGGAAACUGCCACUACGACCACGGUAAUGCAACGUGUCAGUGUCGAGUUGGCUACACUGGGCAUCAUUGUGAAGGUGUCGUGAGCCAGAUUCCACCCAGUUACCAACUACUCUGUCGGUCAUGUCACAUGGUCAACUCUCUCAGCGACUGUGUUGAUGCCAUCGUGUGUGAUAACAGAUAUCAGAGUUGCUCAAUGGAGCAACUGAUAACAGAAGACUUGCAUAUUGUCUAUAGCGGCGGAUGUUGUAACAACGACUACUGUUUCGGUACGCAGCUAACGAAGCGAAGCGGUGUUUCUGUGUGUUCGCAAUGCUGUAACGACAAAGACGACUGUAACAGUCACAUGUGUGGAUUUACCAAUAAAAAUAAUGGUAUUGGCAGAUGACUCGUCGGGUAACCGUGGUUUGCCAGCGGUUAUGAUAAGACUAUCGGCCGGAGGGCAAACUUUACGAAACGGAAAUUUUGGAAACUUCAGUACCUUCUUUUUAGAUAUGCUUAUUGACAAUACAGUAUGCGAAGAAAGUG